GAUCUUUCCACAACUUUCAUUUGCAACUCUUAAAUCGUCGUCAUACAGACGCCUUUACUCGAUCAAUUAGGAUCUAUUGUAGUGUUUCCAAUGGCGACAGAACAAGAAGCUGAAGUUGGUAGAGAGACUUCCUCUGUUCCGGGAAGAUUUGUAAGGAACAGAGACUUGUAUCUCUUCUUGCCUUUCCUCUUAGGCUUUUCUGGUCAAGAAUCACCAGACGGAGACGGUGAAGUUGCUUCGACGCGUGACCGUGUCAUUCUGGUCAACCCUUUUACGCAAGGGAUGAUCAUCCUCGAGGAGUCAUCUGGUUUGAAUCCUCUGCUUCGCGGCUUCCUUGAAUCACGUGAGGAAGGUCAUCCUCCAGCGUCCAAGGCUUCCAUCGAUGCGAUGCCGGUUGUUGAUAUCGACGGCUGCGAAGGAGAGUGUGUGAUCUGUUUAGAGGAGUGGAAGGAUGAGGAGACGGUGAAGGAGAUGCCGUGUAAGCAUAGGUUUCAUGGAGGAUGCAUAGAGAAAUGGUUAGGGCUUCAUGGAUCGUGUCCUGUUUGUAGGUACGAGAUGCCUGUUGAAGGGGGUGAGGUUGGGAAGAAAAAUAAUGAUGGUAGAGAGGUUUGGGUUAGGUUUAGUUUCAACGGUAGUGGUCGGAGUGUUAGAGAUUCUUCUGGUCAUGAUGGUGGAAACAGUGAAGGUGAUGCUAAUAAUACUGCUAGAUCUAGUGGCAUAAGACCCGAUGUUGAGUCCGAGAGUUAGGGUUACAGAAGAAUGAACUUGUGCCACUCUUUUGGUCCCCUUGUUCUAUGUUUUGUUUCUUGAAUUCAUGUAUUAUAAUGAAAAAAAAAAUCCAUUUUAAGAAAAUUGCAACUGCAAAACAUUUUUACGACAAGUCCCAUUAAAACUUAACCAUGUUUCAUAUGAUCAAAUCUUACUAAGUUCCACGUUGCUGCAUAUUUCCAUAUGUACGUUUUCAAAUCUUACUUGUUGGACUUCGAAGACGUUUCAAUUUCAUUGAGAGUCUUGAGACUGAAGAUGUAAGAUGUCCGUCCUGAAGUAGUCGUCGACGUAGUUGCUGAGGUAGACGUCGUGUUGAGUGGUGAAGACCAUGUAGAAUCAAGAUGCUGAGCUAGAGUCGUGUAGACUUGGAGAACAAGGGUGUAUUUUGGAGAAAAGGCAAGAGGAAUAAACUUGAGGAGCAAGUUUAUGACUUAAAGAAAGAAGAAUAAGUGCAUUUCAAAAAAAAGGAAAAUUGCACUUAAUGUUAUGGAAGAUGUCUAUAUUGUGUUUCUCGGAGACUAGGCUUUCAGGAACGUGAAGAAUAACUAUAAGAGAGUUAUGGGGUCGUCUGCAGAGAAACAGAGACACAAAGACUAAUCUUAUAGUAAGAGAGAAAAGUUCUUGGAAGUGUUCUUGGGUCGUACUGAAGCAGUGGCUGAAGUACUUGACGGAGGAGAGACAUAAGCGGUGUAGCUUAAGAAUCUUUCAGUAGCGUGUGUUAGGGUGUUAACACUAGACGUAUAAAAGCUGAAUUAAGCAGAUCUUGUAAUAGAUUGUUUAAAAGAGAUUCUAAUAAAGCGUAAGUGCUUACUUGUAGUAUUUGUCUCUUGGUUUACUUUCUGCAGUAUCUUUGUGGUGUCCCUUUUACAUCAACAGAGACGAGAUCUUAUAAUAGCAAGUGAAUCUCUAAAAGAACGACAAACAAAAGAAGAUAGGAGAGGUGGAGAUGAAUGAAAAAUAUGGAUGCUUUGUUGUGAGAGUGGAAGGAAGAGGAACGAGAUCAAACCCUUGGGCGUCACACACUUGAUUCCUUGAGUUCGAGGUUUCUAAAGGACAAAGUACAUGGAAACCGAAACAUUCGUAUUCACAACUCUUUUUAUUUUUAUUUAUCAAUAUUUUUGUUGGAUCUUUUGGGUAACUUUUUCUUCUUUGACAUGAAGUGGUUACGCGGAAUCUAUCUUGCACUGAGACCAAAUAGUACAGUUUGCAUAUUUAUCGUGUAUCACAAUUCUUACAGCCAUUUCAGCACAAUAAUGUUAUGUCGAUAAGAUGUGAAAAUGGGAUAUAUAUAUAUAU